CAAAGAAUGGAGUGAAGAUGUCAUGUUCCAAAUGCCAUCAAGUUGGGCAUAACAAAAGAACUUGUAUAUCAGUGCCUUCUGAACAACCCACACAACAGCCUGCAAGGCCCUUUCAACAACCACCAGUGAGGCAGCCUUCACAACCACCAGUGAGGCAGCCUAGCACUGGAAAUGCCUCUUCUUUAUGUGCAGAUACUUCAAAGGUUAAAGGAAGGAAAAAGAAGCAGUCAACUGCAAGGGCAUCAUCUUCUUCAGUUGCAUGGACAUCAUCUUCUUCAGUUGGAAUGCCACCACCUUCUUCAGUUGGAAGGCCACCAACUUCUUUAGUUGGAAUGCAACCAGCUGCUUCAGUUGGAAGGAAAAGAACAAGAGAUGUGGGAUUUGGUGUUUACACAGACAUACAAUCUGGAAGACAAGUGAUUAACCCAGGAAGAUCAAGUGAAAGAGUUAUCUCAAGUGGAACAGGGGUGGCAUUUAAAGAUGCAUCACAAACAAAUGUUGAUCUUGGAUUCAAGCCACCUAGUUUAAAAUGGAAAGGAAAAGAUGCAAUGACUGGAAAUCAACUUCAACAAUUGUCAAAGAAAAAGGUGCAAAGCAAAUCCAAGGGAAAGUGGGUUCCAUAAGAGCUCAAAGUCUUACUGAUGUGUAUAAAUGUUGAUCUAGGAGGUCUUUGUUUUUGUUUAUUUUGGUAACUGUUUGUAAAGGCAUACUCCAAUUACUGAUCAUUUUGAUGUAUUUUGGGUUAUUUUGAUGUAUGUUUGCAUAGACAAAUAUUUGGAGUUUGUUAAGUUGUGUUUAAUGGAUAUUAAGUUGUGUUUUGUGAAGCCUUUUGGUGUUUGUUAUGAUUGAUAUUAAGGCUGCCUUGAUGUUAGGUGUUUACUAUGUAUGAAAGUGUGUGAAUCAUGCUAGUAUGAAAGUGUGUGAAUAAUGCUAUUCGAUUGUAAAAGUGAUGAAUAUUGAAGCCAAUGUUGGAGACAAACUGUCAACUCUAAAAUAGUGCAUUUCAAUCCAUUACUUUGAUUGCUUAAAAUACAUAUUG